AUCUCCCAUGGCUCUCCCAGAAGUCCCGCUCUGGAUUAACGGCGAACGUAGGUCAGCUAGUGACCAUGGCACGUUUGACGUGCGUAAUCCUCUGACCAAGGAGGUUGUCGUCAAAUCGGCUUCAGCUACUUCUCAAGACUGCAAGGCCGCCGUCGAGGCAGCACAAAAAGCCUUGGACUCAUGGGAACAUACCCACGGGGUCAAGAAACGUGCCGUCUUCAUCAAAGCUGCCGAGCUCCUCCAAACCGACAAGUAUAAACAGAAAAUUGCCAAGCUAUUACGUGAAGAGACAGCUGCCGCAGAUUCAUGGGUGACUGUCAGCAUUACGGGCUCGUACACUUGGAUAUUGGAAACAGCCGGAUUGUGCACGCAGAUAAAGGGAGAGACCUACCCAUCUGUUACGGGUCCAGGCGGACAUGUUCUCGUGCAGAGAAGAGCACAUGGCGUGAUACUUUCUAUCGCCCCAUGGAAUGCGCCCAUCAAUCUGAGCUUCAGGGCUAUCCUCAUUCCGCUUGCAUGCGGGAAUACAGUGGUCCUCAAGUCAUCCGAGUUUAGUCCGGCAUCUCAGGAAAUCGUGGUUGAGUUGAUGCAUGAGGCUGGUUUACCACCUGGUGUUUUGAAUUAUGUUUCUAUGUCAAGAGAGACAUCACCUGCUCUUACAACAGAGUUGAUUGGACACCCAUUCGUUAGACACGUGAACUUCACCGGAAGCGACCGAGUCGGCAGGCUCAUCGCACAAGAGGCAGCCAAGUACCUCAAGCCAUGUGUAUUCGAAUUAGGAGGGAAAGCUCCAGCAGUUGUCCUUGAGGAUGCAGACAUCGAAGCAGCUGCUCGAUGCAUCGCAGACGGCGCACUCGCAAACUCCGGACAAGUCUGCAUGUCAACCGAACGUGUCAUCGUCCAACGCGGCGCCGUCUCUUCACUCCUCCCGGCUCUCCAAAAACACUUCCAACGCAUUCGCGCAGGUGAUACCUAUGCACAGAGUGGUGGCGGCGCGAGGAUCCCACCGUUGAUUAACGAAGGUUCUGCAGAGAGCGUGUUGAAUUUGUUGCGUGAGGCGCAAGGAGAGGGAGCAGAGAUCCUUGUUGGUGAUUUAAAGAGAGACGGCGCGGUUCUGAAUCCGCAUAUCGUUUCUGGUAUACGGCCUGGUAUGAGGGCGUUUGAUCGGGAAAGCUUUGGUCCAGUUGUGGGCGUUACUACAGUUGAUACUGUAGAAGAAGCAGUUGAACUGGCGAACACGACGGAUUAUUCGUUGACAGCAUCGGUCUGGACCCGCGAUAUUGUUCGUGGAUUAGAGGUGGCACCACGUAUUCGUGCAGGACUGGUCUCAAUCAAUGGAUCUACGUACCACGGCGAGCCAGGAUGGGUGCACGCUGGCCUUGGAGGAGCAACAGGAUACGGAAAGUUCGAUAUCGAGAACUUUACAUACAAACGCGCGAUAGUCGUCCAUCCUGCACAGGGGACAUAUCCGCUUGUGGAUAACCCUUAGCUGUCUGCCAUAACUUCAGGUAAAAUAUGAAGGGUGAUAGUCGCGGAAUGUACACAUAUGUAAGGAAAUCUAAGGGGACAUGUAGUGUAAACAUGUCAUUGGUAAAAGCAGAACUUGUGCAGCUUUCCAAUAUAUAGUAUCCAAUUUGUAGUGGGUCUCCUUUCGGUUGCUUUGAAUGGCGCAUAUAGCAGC